CCAAAACUCAUUAUGGAUGAGAAACGUCUAAUCCAAAUUCAGCGUGAUCCUGCGGAUCCAUGGCACGUUUCGCAUGUCGCCGCCCAGAUUCUUAACAAUCAGAUUCUCCUAUACCCCAACCACAAUGCGAUAGCUGCUGCACGCCAUCUCAACCUUCUUAUACCAUUCAAUCGCACGAUGAGACCUGACGAAACUGCGGAAGAUAUCGAAAGUUUUCUCUGGGAGUUAUGGGAAGUUGUUGUUAACUUAUCCCAAGCCUUCGACGGCAAGAAUAGUGACAACGCUCAAUCGUGUAUCGUGGAUGUUUUGGAGCAGUUGCAGAAGUCUCGAGGCAAGGGAUAUUGUGGUAUGGGCAAAUACGACACGUCUUUGGCGAGAUCUCCCACUUCUUGGACCGGUUUUGCAUGAGAUGUUUGGUAUGUGAUCUGGGGAGCGAUUCUUCAAUGUCAUCCUAGCUUUUUAUGACAAUCUACAGAUAUGUCGCAACGGUCGCAAAGGUUUCGCGCUUUCUUGAACACUAUACAGGAUAGAGGUAUGAUAGAGAUCAAAAGCUGAGCCGCGAGCAUAAGACAGACGCAGAGCCUCGAAAACCCCCGAGGAGCCGCUGUGCCUUCGCAGAGAUUUCGAGCCCUCAUCUUGUAUCAGGCUGGAACAGCGCACGCACUCUAGCACUCUAGAGGUCAGGUGGAGCUUCUCCUUGGACUGAAAUGACAACCAGCCAAGCUUUUGACUGCAGCGGAUGGUAUCAAUCGCAUCACCCUCACGACUAGGCUCGAGCCGCGGGAAUAACGAGGGCGGCUCAGUGAC